UAAAAUUAACUGAUAUUUAGGUGUCAAGAGCUGAUUUGUUAGAUCUUUGCCGUAAAUUUGUCUCUGACAGCUCAAUCAUUCUCUAUUUUUAUACGGGAAGAAACCUCUCUCAUUCUCUUCCAAUUAUCCUAAAAUCAGGAAUUCAUCAAUUUCAAUGGAAGAAACGGCAUUGCAAAGGGAGAGAGAGCGAGAACGACGUCGUAUAAGGGAUAAAGAAAGAAGAUCGUCAAUGAGCACAGAACAGAGAGAAAGGCAUCUUGCAAGACGCCGACGAAACUACCAACUACGAAGGUUAAGAUCUCGAAAUGUAAAAAUAACGAAUCUAUGCUUUUCUGAAACCAAAUUUUAUAAGGCAGUCGCUGAGACUUCCAUUGCUGAGCUUGAUCUGCAACGAAAUGGGCUUACUCUCGUUGGUUUCAACCAUGAACAAGAAUCCUUAAAUCCAGAUUCCACAAUGUCUUCCAGUUUUGAAACUUUGGGCCCAAAAGCUGAAACUUUUCAAGGAAGGGUUCGUUUGAGUCAUAUUCGACGACUUGCACGUUCAAUUGGGAUUCACCAAAUGUAUUCACAGAUGAGUUUCGUGGAAGAAUCAACUUCAAAUUGUAAGUGUGAGGAUCUUAACUUGGAAUAUGAUCAAAGUAGAUCAUCUAAAGUGUUACGGCUAAAUCACAUCAAGCAUCUAGCAAGAAUGAUGAAUUCUUCUGUGAAGCCAUCUACUGACGAAUCGCAGCACCAAACUACCAUUGCAGGUAGCACCAAUUAUUGAGCUUCAUACUCUGUUUUCGAACUUGUUUUGUAUUGGUUUUACACAACUUGAUGGAUCAAAUUUCAGGGUAAACUGUUUGUCCAAUGGCAGAAGUGAACAAUCAACCGGCAAUAACAUUAUCAGAUAAAUAUGAUUUUCAUCUCGAAAACAAUUGGCAAGAAGAGGAAUGACCUAUAUGAGGUUUCUUCAUCUUUCGAAAGUAUCAAAUCAUUGGCCUUCAUUCCUCCAAUACCCUUACAAAACUUUCGUUAUUGGGUUAGUCAUACACUUCACAUGUUUUUAACGAUUCACAUGGCAUGAUCAAAUUAUACGCCUUGGAUAAGAAUCUAUAGUACACUAGAAUGCCCUUGUUGACAAUCCUUUAUUUCAACAGCAUCUUGGGUUCUUUGAACAAUGUGAUAUCUCACACGGGGAAAUCUUUAACCCUUCCUGUUCUUUCUAAAACUACAUAAGGUUCUUGUAAAUUAUGACCAAUACCAGAUAUAUAUAAGUAGGGAUUUCAAAUUAAAUUUCGAGGUUAUGCGUACUAAGGUAACUUUUGAUGAACCCUCUUUUCAUUUUUUGCAAAUUUAAGUGGGUUUGCUUUAGUUUGGGUUGAAUUGUUUGUAUAGAAGGCAACAUAAAGGUACAAAUAUGCUCAACAAUGGAAGAAACAGAGGAUGGUCGAUUGGCUUGGCCUUAACAGGAGACAGAAAUCCAGAGUCUUCUAGCAAAAGAUCAGAGGAAGAAGAUGAUUGUGUAACAUGUAAGAUCAUAUAUGUUGUAUUACUGGUCAAGCAAACUUAUGGAAAAUGUAUAGUUGGGGUUCGAUACAAUUGAAUUGAGUGGUUGGAGAACAUGAGAUUAACACAUCAAUAUAUUUUAAUCUCAAAUAUAAAUUGGUUUUAAAACAAUUAGUUGUGAGAUCAUUCCACUCAAUUACUAAAGGAGGCAAGUAUUAGAGAAAGAAAGAAAAACAGAGAGAGAUACUGCAUGAAAGGAUUGGUGUUGAUUAUUCUAAAUUUCUAAUAACCAUCGCCUUAACCACAAUAGGCUU